ACCAACUUGAUUAUUCAUAUGACUCCAAACCACACUUGAUUUUAGAAUUUGUUUCUAAAACUCCAAAAAUUCCCUCAAACCCAAAAUUCCAAUCAUGACAUCCUCGAAAAUGGAUGAAGAGCUGAGAAAUGCAGCAGUGAGAGGAGAUGUAGACUUCCUUAAACAUUGUGUUGAAUCCAAUAAACCCAUCGAAUACUACUUGACUUUCUAUCCUGAGGAGGAUGACCAAUCUGGAAGACGCCAUCAUGGCAACAUCUUCCACAUGGCCGCAACCGAAAACCAAGAAGAGUUUAUAAGAGAAGCCAUGGGGAUUUUACCUCAAGAAGCCAAGCACCAACUCCUUGUUCAAACAAGGGGAAUAAGCAAGUGGAACCCUCUUCAUGUAGCAGCCAAAGUUGAAGAAAUCUUUCGAGAACUACUUCAGAGAGAGCCAGAGCUAAUUAAACAAAAAAAAAAAGAAUGAUUUAAUUUGUGGGCAUAUUAUGGUAAAAUUUGGCCAUUCAAAAUUCUCUUAGAUUGUAAGGAUAUCAUUCAAGAUGUAAAUAAGAUUUUCACAUACUUGGUAUCUUCAACGAAUAAUAAUAAUGGUGGCAAUCCAUUACACUACUUGGCUAGAUAUGCCCGGUGUACAGAAGAUGCUACAAAAAUUGCAGAAAUGCUGAUAGAUAUUUACAAAAAAGAAUCACCAAGCCUUUCAAAUAAUCAACAUCCUUGGUUAGUGAAGAACAUUGAUGGAGAUACACCUUUGUCAUUGGCCAUAGCCCAGAAGAAUGUAAAUCUGGCAAUAUAUUUGUUGUCAGUGGAUGAAAAUGUAGUUAUCGAAAGUAAGAAGAAUGUUCUAUUCUUGGCUGUCGAGGUUCAAUGUCAUACACUUGCCGAAGAUAAUCGAUAACAAAGGUUGGACUCAACUUCUUACGAAUCAUCAAAAGCUCAAUAUCUUGCAUCUUGCUCCAUUAUGCACAGAAAACUUUUGUGCACAACUAAUGGAAAGACAUCCAGAAUUAAUCAAAGGAGUAGAUAAAGAAGGAUCUACAAUAGUUCAUAGUUGGAUAAAAAGUGACAAAGAAUGGCUAUUUAAAUUCAUAUUGGAGAGCAAGUGGAAAGAUCAGUUUGUAAAACUUUUUGAUGUUAAGGAUUACAAUUAUCAAAACAAUCCUUUUCAUGUUGCUGCAACAACCACUCAUGAAACAACAAACCAGAUUGUACCACUCCUUGUAGAAGCUUACAAAAAAACCAAACUUAUUUGGAGCGUAAAUGAUAUCAAUCAAUUGCCAUGGUUUGAAAAGAAUAAAGAAAAGGAAGGAGCUCUACACUUGGCAUUACGCAACAAACGUGAAGAUCUUGCACUUUACAUAUUGGCACUACUCCGGCAUGAUCAAUCUAUAAAUAAACUGCUAGAUUAUUACAAGCCAGAGCAUUCUACUUUGUUUCUUGCUAUACAAAACAAUUGCUCUGAUGUAGCCAAAGCCAUAUUGGGAAAUUUGGAUAAGAGAAGCAGGACCAAAUAUCUAGAAGAUUCCUGGACUGGUCAGAAUAUAUUGCAUCUUGCUACAAGCUUAACAGAUGUAAGCUUUGGGACAUGGUUAGUAGAUAUAGCACCAGAAUUCAUCACCCAAAAAGAUGAAAAUGGACAAUCACCUUGGGAUAAAGCGUAUGAACUUGGUCAUGCAUGGUUUAUAAAAGCGGUUUUGGAAAAAGAUUCAUCCGUGUUCAGUAGGGAACCCCUGGCUUGGACAAAAGCUUGUGAAAAAGGUAAUGUCCCAGCUCUUCAUGCCUUCAUCAACCAUAAUCCAGGAGCGUUUCGAGAUCUUUGUAUUGAAAAUAAGGAUUCUCCUUUACAUCAUAUAAAACUGUCAAGUUUAACAGACUAUGAAGAGUUUCUUUUCGAGAUUCCACGCAUGAAGGAUCUAAUUAAUCUUCAAGAUUCUCAAGGUGUAACACCUUUACACAAAGCAAUACAAGAUGACAACUUAUUCUUGACUGAAACUUUACUCAGCAUCGAUAAGAUAAUUGUGCCAUAGAUCUAUUGGCUCAAAAAUGCGUUGACAACCAAGCAUGGGUAUGAUUUCUUUCCAAUAAAAUUUCCAAUUUAAGAUUCAUUUUAUUAACUGUUUAUAUAUAUAUGAUGCUUCUUUAAUGCAAAAAAUAAAAAAAAAUAAAUGCUCUUUUGUACCAUUUCGUUUUCCUUAAAACACAAAAAGAUAAGAUCUGUUCGAGCUUUGGAUAUAUUGAACACAACUUUUAUUGAAUCAAUUAUAUUGGAAAUAAUAUAUGUGGACUAGCAUACACGAAGGUUUUUUUUUUUGUGUGUCAUAUAGUUUGGAAGCUAGAAGUGAAGUUCAAUUAUGAAUCAUUGUAGGACCAAAUGUCCAAGAGAAUUGGGCUUGAUCCAAUGAUUAAAACGACAUACUUUCAACCUAAGACAAAUUUGUUGGAUGUGCGAAAUUCUUUGUUUGUGGUAGCUGCCUUAUUAGCUACCAUUACAUUCACUGCUGGAUUCACUCUCCCUGGUGGAUUUACUCAAGAUAACGGGGAAGCAAUUUUGGCAAAGAAAGCAGCUUUUUUGGUGUUUUUGGUAUCUAAUACACUAGCCCUAUCUUUUUCAAUGUUGGUGUUGAUUUGUCUCAUAUGGUCCAUGGUCUUUGAUUCUAGUUAAUCAUUGAAAUUGAUUGAUCGAAGUAUGGUGUUUCUCCGUUUAGCGCUAAAUUUCACAUUAUUGACGUUUAUGACGGGAGUCUAUAUUGUCAUAGCCCCAAAGUCAUUAUGGGCUGCUAUUCUCAUUAUUGUCAUCGUGAGCUUUCUCAUUGGAAUAUCUAUCAACAAGGAUCUCUUGUACAAUGCUCUAGAGUAUCUUGACAAGUUUCCUUCUCCGAGUAAGAAGUGCAUAGAUCGACUUCGUCUGAUGGAAUUGGGGUGCGCCCCUAACGGAGCUCGUGCUUAGUUUUUGAUACUGGAGUUCAAAAUAAGGUCCCCGAUUGAUUUACGGAGUACUGUAUAGAACUAAGUUCACUUCAUGUUACAUUUAUACAGAGUAGAAUGAAGUGCUCGAGAAAAAAGGGAAAUAAAAUUCAAGUGUGUGUUAUUUGUUGUAAAAUUUAUACAUGAGUACAAUAUUAUUAAUGUCAAUUAUUUA